GUUAAGCUGGCAUAUAAGAUUUUUAUUUGUUUUAAUUUGAAAAUUAUUUCUAUAUAUCAGAAAUAGGAGAAAUUGCAAAAUGAACAUUUUGCCAGGGACGGCAUCUCUUCUCGAAGAACUUGACAAAAAACUUAUGGUUUUACUAAGAGAUGGCAGAACUUUAAUUGGAUAUCUUAGAAGUGUUGAUCAAUUUGCUAAUAUUGUACUUCAUCGUACAAUUGAAAGAAUUCAUGUUGGCAAAGAAUAUGGAGACAUCCCAAGAGGAAUUUUUAUUGUCAGAGGAGAAAAUGUUGUCCUUUUAGGAGAAAUAGACAGAGACAAAGAAAAAGAUUUACCAUUGACUGAAGUAUCUGUUGAUGAUAUCUUGGAUGCACAAAGACGAGAACAAGAAUUAAAACAAGACCAGAAACGACUAAUAAAUAAAACUCUGAAGGAACGAGGUUUAUCAUAUAUUCCAGAUAUGGGUCAUGAUGAUAUGUUCUGACCCAUAUCCACAUCCUUGAUUACCAAUACUUUAUCAUCUACAUCUUCACAUAAUUCUGAAGCAUAUGAUACAUGUUACACAUCACUUUCUUUCUGAUAAUAUCUAAAGGGGACAACUUGUGAGAUGUGAAUAUAUCACAUAAUUGUGAAGAUAGAAAGAAUAAUUAUAUCCUACAAUAGAAUAAUAAUAAUGUAUAUCCUACAAUUUCUUUAUAAAACUAUGAUAUAAUAGUACAAUUCAAAUUUGACAUGUGAGAUGUCAAUAAUAUAAGAAUUUAUAUAGU